AUGCUUAAACUGUGCCAAGUGCGUUCCUUCUUGCUGCGUCCUUCUUACCAAAUAUGCCCUGCUGUGAGAUCAUACUCUAUAAAGAAGGAGCAGAAUACUCCCCUCACAUUAGCGUUAAGAGAUAAAAUAAAGAGGAGCGGCACCAUUAGUGUCGCUGAAUAUAUGAAUGAAGCCCUGACAGACUCGCUUCAUGGGUACUAUACCAAAGGCGAUAUGUUUGGUGUUGAGGGCGAUUUCACCACUUCACCGGAAGUCAGUCAAAUGUUUGGAGAAUUAAUUGGGAUAUGGUUCGUCAACCAAUGGCAAAAUUCUGGUAAACCUGCUAAUAUACAAAUUAUUGAGUAUGGGCCUGGAAGAGGAACAUUGUUGGAUGAUAUGCUCAGAGCAAUGGCUAGCUUCAAAGACUUUUUCGGGUCAUUAAAGAAUGUCCAUUUAAUCGAAGUAAGCCCGGCCCUACGAAAGUUGCAACAUGAAAAACUUUGCGGUGGCAAAUCAUCAGGCGCAUCAUCCUCUUUCGAGUUUGCCGGACCAAAGUUCCAUUGGCAUGAUUCGAUUAGAAAUAUCCCAGGCGUAUGGUCCAUGAUAAUUGCCCAUGAAUUUUUCGAUGCGUUACCAGUUCACCAGUUCAAGAAAACCAAAGAUGGCUGGCGUGAAAUUAUGGUGGACAUUGACGAAAGCGAUCAAAGUACAUACCACUUCCAACUCGUUACAUCCUCGACAUCAACCACUGCUUCAAACGUCUACACUAGUGCGCCAGAGUAUGAACGGAUGAGUGUUGGAGAUACUAUAGAAAUAUCUCCAUUGUCAUGGAACAAUGCAAAUGAAAUUGCAAAGUAUAUUCACGACUAUGGAGGAUCAGCCCUCAUAAUUGAUUAUGGCAAGGAUCAUUUGCAAGGCGAUACAUUACGGGCGGUGAAGAAACACCGAUUUACCUCUAUUCUGACUACGCCGGGUGAAGUCGAUCUUACUGCAGAUGUAGACUUUGCAUAUUUAAAAUCUGCAGCUGCGGGUUUAGUCAACACGCAUGGACCAAUAAGACAACGUGACUUUCUCGAGAAAUUUGGUAUACAAUUGAGAUUGUCCAUGCUGCUAAAAAAUACACCAAAAUCAAACCAUAGGAUUCUUAUAUCAGAAUAUGAAAGACUUACAUCCCCUUUAUUGAUGGGAAGUGUGUACAAGUUUAUGUGCAUGGUGCCACUUCGUUCACAGCUACCUUUUCCAUUUUGA